AUGUCUAUUACUCCUGGGUUUACUCUAACGCCAGAUCAGCCAGAACGCGAAGCUGCCUCACAAUCAUACUUCGAAGCCCACGAUAGUGACGUAGAAGAUCAAGACCGUCGAUUACAUUCCUCGAAAACAUCCGACCUCCUUUCCGACGUCUAUCGAGGUUUAAAAAAAGCCAUCCCUUCGAGAGAAGAUUCUUUUCGGUUUGCCAGAGUACCUUCGAAACGUGUCCCGAAAAACUCCAUUUCUAGUAUUGCUCCAGAGAUCAACUCUGCACCACUUCUAAAUAGGCCGCCGCCUCUACAACAUGUUAGAAAUUUGAGCUUGCAGGAUAGCCUUGAGAAACCUCUUCCGGCACCACCGCCCGCUUCAUUGUCGCCCUCAAGUCCUGUAACACCUCUGGCCUCUUCCAAUCAGGUACAGGAUAGUCUUACCGCUAUAGUCGUUAGUGAUUUCAGCGACGAAAAGAACACAGGGAAUAGAAGCGCGAAUAGGAGCAGGGCAAGCACAAUGGAUUCUAAUGCUUCAAUGCAUCAGAAUCCGAUGUACAGUGGUGGAGUGGAUAUGAGCAGCAGUCAGAGUAGUAUAGCUAGUUCGAGAAAUGAUGGCGGGGAUGGUCAAAGGGAGAACCUAACUCCCCGAAGUAAUGGACCACUCUCAGCUGGCCCCUCUCCACCAGCUGCGUCGACAAGUAGGACACCAGCAAUGGGCGCAGCUGUCGGUACUCCUGCAACUUCAGGUUCCUCUGCUCAUCUGUCUGGUUUAAUGUGCAAUGUCCACCGGACAACUGGCCAAGAACCCCAUCCCUUGGUGGGAGCGACGACUACAAUAUUAGGAGACAAGUUAUAUGUCUUUGGUGGCCGAAUUCUAUCGCGAAGUCGACCAGCCCCUCUUACAUCAGAUCUCUACGAAUUAGAUCUUAUUCGACGGCAUUGGACUAAGCUGGAAACUUCCGGUGAUGUUCCUCCACCUCGCUAUUUUCAUUCUAUGUGUGCUCUUGGGGACACUAAGAUGGUUUGCUACGGAGGAAUGUCACCUACCGCCACUCAGCCUACCUCCGCUUCUCCCGAUUCUCAACCUGAGGUGACAGUAAUGUCUGAUAUAUAUAUCUACGACGUUCUGACGAAGAAGUGGACGUAUAUCCCUUCACAGGAUGCUCCACAAGGUCGAUACGCUCAUUGCGCGUGUAUCCUAUCUUCCUCAGCAACGUUUUCGUCUCACAAGGCACCCUUAUCUGCUCUUCAACAUAACCCAUCUAGCGGGAAUCCAAAUGAAGGUAGAAUUGGAAUUAAUAUAGACGGCACUGGAGGAGCCGAGAUGGUUGUAGUAGGCGGCCAGGAUGGCGCGAAUCACUACAUUGAACAAAUCAGUGUAUUCAAUCUGCGCAGCUUGAAGUGGACCUCAACACAACCGCUUGGAAAGUCAUGCGGUGCUUAUCGCAGUGUUGUCGCGCCUUUACCUCCAAGUGUGAAUGCCAAGCUUGGUAGGCUGGGCAGUAGCACACGCCAAGACAGCGUGAUUAGCCAAGAAGCCAAAGAGCCAGGCUCCUCUAUGCUUAUCUACUCGAAUUAUAACUUUUUAGAUGUGAAGCUCGAGCUUCAGGUUCGAGGUUCAGAUGGUUCACUUUCAGAAAAGCCGAUGUCGGGAACUUACUCGCCACCUGGACUUCGAUUUCCGAAUGGGGGCGUUAUCGACACAUAUUUCGUUGUUAGUGGCACAUAUCUUACCAGUUCGAAACAAGAAUAUGCGUUGUGGGCUUUGGAUUUACGGAAUCUCACUUGGGUACGUAUUGAUACGGGUGGUAGCGUCUUCAGCCAAGGAAGUUGGAAUAGGGGUGUUUUAUGGAAUAGGCGGAAUAUUUUUGUUAUUCUAGGCAAUCGAAAACGAAGUCUAGUUGAUGACUACAACCACCGACGGAUUAACUUCUCCAACGUCUGUAUGGUUGAGUUAGAGGCUUUUGGUUUCUAUGACAACCCUCGCAAGACGUCGCCUCUCUCGGGUUUCGUAUCCGCCAGCAGUCCUUAUACGGUUCCUGGUCUCAGCACAGCUAGAAAAGCUGGCUGGACUGGCGGAGGGAGAUCACAUAUGCGAGCUGCUGAAGAGUUGGGUGAGAAGGCUCUGGGACUACGAGAGCUGGCGGAUAUGGAUAUUCUAUGCUUCCAUGGAGAACGUAUUCCUAUCAAUUCGCGUGUUGUUGCUCGAAGGUGGGGACCCUACUUCGUGCAACUACUGCGUGAAGGUGCGGCUACACAAGACGGCAGCGAUUCGGCGACCUUAAGAACAGGUACGUCGGGUUUCUCGGCAAUACCGGGCGCGCGCAAUUCCGUUAUGACGAUUACCCCUUCAAGUCGGAGUGCGGGUGAUAGCAACAUAUCGAUGGCCUCUACAUUAAAUAACCCGUCAUCUUCCGGAUCUCUGAAGCCUCCUAGUACGGCGGGCACCUCAAUAUCUGGUAAUGGCCCAGCGGAUUUUACUACUAUUAACUCAGCGCCAACACCUGCGUCGUUGCCGCCUAAUUCUAGACCAAGAUGUCUAUACCUACCUCACACUUGCCCGACUGUUCAGGCUCUUCUCCACUUCCUCUACACAUCAGCCUUACCUCCUCCGUCAUCGCCUCUCUGCACUCCUCAAAUUCUCUGCUCGCUACUACAAAUAGCGCGGCCUUAUAAGAUAGAUGGGCUAUUAGAGGCCGUGGUUGAGCGGCUUCACGCGCGUCUUGACUCACGUAAUGCAGCCGCUGUAUUCAAUGCUACAGCUAUGGCGGCUGGCGGAGGUCGCGGAAUCGAUGGCAGCUUGAACCCUAACUUCUAUAUGAGCGGCGACUCAUCGCUUGCUGGUGCUAUUAGCCCCUUCCACGAUCGGUCUAUGUCGAUAUCACAGACUAGCACAGAUGGAGCAACAAACGCAUUAGAAGGCCUUCGAAUAAAUACCAAUGUAUCGGGAUCAAGGCCAGACCCUGAAGAGCUCAGUGCUACAACAAGUGUAUCAGGAAGCGAAUGGAGUAGCGAGCUUGGUGACAGUGAGCGUGGCGCAAUCCGAGAAGUGUGGAGUGGUGAGCUUAGCAGUGUUAUCGGCUUACAAAAACGAGGAUUAAGAGGGUUGAUGGAAGGACGACGAAUGAGGGCGACGGUUGAUCGCGAACGUGAUGGAGGGCGGACGGAAAGAUUAGGAUCAAGAGUGGGAUUAGGAAUUGCAGGAUCUUAA